AUGGCAUCUUGGGAUCAGACCAACGAUGAGUCCUACUUCUCGAAUGGACCACCUAUGCCCGGUCCCAGCCCCUAUUUUGAGAGCGCGGGGCAACCAAAUCCACAGCCUCGCCCCUCUCUUGCGGCGCUCCCAACCCACAAUCCACAACUCGCCCAGGCAAGUUAUCGUCAUCCGGAUGUCCCACGAACUGCAAACAACACGCCGGCUUUUACAUCUGGUUCUCAGUGGGCGCCUGCCGAUCUAUUAAAUCCACGAGGCUCCAACCAACCUCUACCGCGGCAAAGAAGACCCGAAAACGUUCCAUACAACAACAAUCAUAAUUCUGCUCCCCAACUCGCGUUUCAGUUCGAUAGCCCUGGUGGCACACCCCCACCAUACCAUGCGCAUCCAAGUCCACAACAGUAUAAUGGAGGCAUGGGUAUGGGUAUGGGCAACAUGCUGGAGCGCAUGCAUAAUGUCGCAGACCGAGCGAUGGUACCCCAGAAGCGGCGCAAGGUUUACGAGGAUCCGGCAGACAACAGGAGAAAACCCGAGUUCAAUGGGGGUUCUGGAUCUGGAGUUCUAGGCAGUUACAUGAAGGAAAAGAAAGAGCAGGGCCAGCGAGAGGCUGCAUCCAAAGGAACGCUAGUCGACAUAUCUGCCGAGGAAGAUGAUGAAGUUGAGGUUAUCAGUGAUCCUGGCGAUCAAGAGGUCUGCUACGGAAGGAUUGAGGGAGCAGAUAUCAAUGCUUUUAGGGUUCCAACGCCGAAGCCAGGUUCCAAGGCAGUCUCUAAUGGUUUCUGGCCCCAGGUUAAAAUCCUUCUACGACGGAAGGAGGGCGAGAGACACACUUGUGUACAUGCUAUUGAUAGCACACGCGCGAUUAUUGGUUGCUUGGAUGUUAAUACCGCUAUUGGUCUGGUACCCCUCCUGGAUUCAAAAUUCGGCAUUCGAACGUCAUGUCGCAUUCUUACUAGACCACGCAAGGAGGACGAUAAGCCUGCUGGCACCGAGGUCUCCCGCCGGUAUGGUCUUGACUUGAAUAUAUAUGGCCCGAAGAAGUACGCCAUCCAAAUCGGAAGACACCUUUCUCAAAAGCAACUCUGGCUACGGACCCCACUAUUUGUUGAAGCUGGAAUUCCGUUGCACAACCCACAUACCAUCGAAAGGCCUCCUCAGUCGGCUGCGAGACCACUUGCCAGCCGUCAACAGGGCCCCACGCGAACUACGGAAGAGAUUAGAAAUGACCUGAUCGGCAUGUUUGACUCCCUUGAGAAAUCCGAGGAUCUUAAAGAAAUGGACCCGGACCCGCGAAUUACAACCCCGUUGCUAAAGCACCAAAAACAAGGCCUGUACUUUAUGACUAAUAAGGAGAAAGAGCGGGUCUUCUCAUCUGAUGAGAAAGGAAAUAGUUCUUUGUGGAGGCUUAGAAUUGGUAACAGUGGCCAAAAGACGUACUAUAAUGUUAUCACAGGCCAGGAAGAGCGGCAAAGCCCACCCCAGAUCUUAGGUGGUAUUCUGGCAGAUAUGAUGGGUCUUGGAAAAACGCUCAGCAUCUUAUCUCUGAUUGUUAAUACUAUGGACAACGAUGCACUUCAAUGGGCCGCAUUGCAGCCCUAUGCCGAGCAGUAUAGUAAAGAACUUUGUCAGCUGAAGAAGGGAAAGACCGCUUUACCUCCUAAAGUUGAGCAGACAGCUCUAGUGCGGAACUGCAAAACAACCCUUCUUGUUUCCCCACUUAGCACGAUCGCCAAUUGGGAGGAUCAAAUCAAACAGCACAUCAUACCAGGCACAUUAAGCUAUUACAUCUACCAUGGCUCUAAUCGAAUUAAGGACGUCAACAAGCUGGCAGAAUAUGAUCUGGUUAUCACCACGUACGGGUCGGUAGCGAGUGAAUUAGGUCAUCGGGGCAAGCAGAAGGUCGGCAUAUACCCGCUGGAGGAGAUGAACUGGUUCCGUAUCGUCUUGGAUGAGGCACAUAUGAUUCGAGAACAGUCAACUCAACAAUCAAAGGCUAUCUGUAGGCUUCAGUCGUCGCGGCGAUGGGCCGUAACCGGUACUCCUGUUCAGAAUCGCCUGGAGGAUCUGGGUGCGCUUAUGACCUUUCUUCGAGUGAAGCCGUUUGAUGAGAGAGGUGGCUUUGCGCAGUAUAUCAUGGCUCCUUUCAAGAUGUGUGAUCCUGACAUUCUUCCGAAGCUUAGGCUUCUAGUCGACAGCAUCACCCUUCGACGUCUAAAAGACAGGAUCGAUCUACCCUCGCGCACAGAUCAACUUGUGAAGCUUGACUUUAGCCCCGAAGAGCGUCAUAUCUAUGAGAUAUUUGCGAAGAAUGCGCAUGAUCGAGUCAAGGUCAUUGUUGGUCAGCGAGAGAAGAGCUUAGGUGGCAGAGCAUACGUCCAUAUCCUGCAGUCCAUUCUUCGACUUCGACUGAUCUGCGCUCACGGUAGAGAUCUCCUGAACGAGGAGGACCUACAAGUCAUGAAUGGUCUCAGCAAGGACUCUGCAAUUGAGUUGGACAGCGAUGACGAGGAUGACAAUAGGCCUGCCUUGUCUUCUAAACAGGCAUACGAUAUGUACGAUUUGAUGGGUCAGACAAAUGCGGAUAUCUGCAUAACCUGCAAUCGCAAAAUUGGUCCUAGCGAUACUAUAGAUGAAGGAGAGGCGAAGGAUCCGGUCAUUGCUCAUAUGACACCCUGUUUCCAUUUGCUUUGCCCAGCUUGCUUUGGAGGCUAUAAGUCUCAGAUCGAAGAGAAUGCCCAGGGUCAAUCAAUGGGGGGAUGUCCAAUAUGCCACAUGCAUAUCAAACUAUCUUACUUCCCCCUUAGGCAAGGCGGCGUGGAAGAUGAAGGUCCUAAGAUGAAGGGCAAAGGCAAUACGAGACAUGGAGCCAAAGAUAUGGCUAAUUACAGCGGCCCACAUACUAAGACUAAAGCCCUCAUCCAUGAUCUCCUAGCAUCGAAGCAGGAAUCCGAGCAGAAGCCUGAAGAAGCACCGAUUAAAAGCGUUGUUUUUUCCGGCUGGACCACACAUCUGGAUCUUAUACAGCAUGCCUUUCAAGAGAAUGGCCUCAAGUACGUCCGUCUCGAUGGCAAGAUGUCCCGAACUGCUCGUGCAAUAGCAAUGGACAACUUCCGCGACGAUCCUAGCAUUCAUGUGAUUCUCGUGUCAAUCACCGCUGGCGGCUUGGGCCUGAACCUCACAGCAGCCAAUAAAGUCUACGUCAUGGAACCGCAGUAUAACCCCGCGGCUGAAGCUCAAGCUGUCGACCGUGUCCACAGACUCGGCCAGAAGCGCGAGGUCGUCACCGUACGCUAUAUCAUGAGCGACAGUUUCGAGGAGAAAAUGUUGGAGUUACAGGAGAAGAAGAAGAAGCUGGCCAGCCUAAGCAUGGAUUCGGAUGUCAGUAAGCGGAUGGGCAAAGACGAAGCGUCGAGGAAGCGAUUGGAGGAUCUGCGGAGCUUGUUUAAGUAG